AUGUUUAAUUUAAAUGUGCUAAAUGUUUGUGGUCAGAAGGUGCGACAAACGGGUCACUGUUACAAAAGCAAAAAUCGUGCAGAAAAUUCAUCGAAUCUAAAAGUGUUUUAUGAGGAUGACAAGCUUGAGAGCUAUAAAUCUUCAAUUGCGAAAACUUAUGGAGGGCGUAAAGUCUCUUAA